AUGACACCAUCGUUCAAGUUCAGUUUCCAUCUUUUUGCGUUAAUCGCUUGUGUCAGGCGAUUCGUCUUGCAGGCGCAGGCAUUCCCCCACCACGCAACAGUGAUCUCUCGAGAGCUGGCCAAUGCCACCAAGAGCUAUGAUUUUAUCAUCGCCGGAGGCGGAAUCGCAGGUCUCACGCUUGCAGAUCGCUUGACAGAGAACCCAGACGGUAUUAGUAAUCCAGAAGAACUCGUGACCGAGCCUUUGCGUCGACUAGAAGCUUAUUCGACACUCCUAGUGUCCGUCCUGGUGGUCGAAGCCGGCCCACUGGAUGGCGGAGAGAACGCCGUCCUUGUGCCAGGAGCUUACAACCCAGCCACGUAUUUCUGGCCGAUGGUCUCGGUGCCUCAGACAGAGCUGAAUAAUAGCGUCCGCCUCGCAACAUGUGCGCGUGUUGUAGGGGGCGGGAGUACUAUCAAUGCAAUGAUCUUCUUGCGAGGUGAUGUUGAAGAUUAUGAAGGGUGGACCGCUUUGGGCAACGAGGGUUGGUCGUGGGACAGCCUGCUCCCAUAUUUCAAGAAGAGCGAGAACUUCACUGCACCCGAUGCGGCAUUCGCAGCUGCGGGAAAUAUCUCUUGGAUUGACUCUGUUCAUGGUUUCGAAGGUCCUGUUCAAAACACGUAUCCGAAUUACUUCUUCCCUGGCAGUGGGAACUGGUGGACGGCGGCAGAAUAUACUGGAGUCACCCCAUGCCCCGAUCCCAAUGCUGGCAACGUCAAAGGCAUCUUUUGGCUUCGCCUUUCGGAGGACGCCGAGACGAGACACCGGAAUCACGCUCGAAUCAACCAUUACGACCGAGUAAUUUCUUCAAGACCCAACUACCACCUCCUUCCAGAUACUACCGUUGCCAAAGUUCUCUUUGAAGGCAAGAAAACCACUGGCAUCGACUUCUUACCCACGACGGGAGGAAACUCCACGACUGUUCGCGCAUCGAAGGAGGUGAUACUGGCGGCAGGAGGCCUUCAUACACCACAGAUUCUUCAGCUCUCUGGAGUUGGACCCCAGUCUCUGCUGGCCAGCUUUGGCAUUGAUGUCAUUUCCCACCUGCCUGGAGUAGGACAGAAUUUCCAGGAUCAGCCCACCAUCACGAUGUCGUACAACUUCAGCAACAACGUGAAGCCGAACUGGAAAAGCCUGCUCGGAAAUGCUACUUACGACGCCGAGCAGUUUGCCCUCUACAACGCUUCCCGCCAGGGCCCGUACACAAUCACACGAACACUUAGCACAAAUUUCAUAUCUCUCCCGUUGCAAAACUUGACUUCAGACUAUGCUGACAUCAUCGAAACCGCUCGCAACAUUGGGAGCCCCAGUGCUUUUCUACCACCAGACACAGACCCCACCGUGGUCGCAGGAUACACAAGGCAGCGAGAGAUCAUGCUCGACCAGCUCGAAAACGACGUCUCCAUCGGUGGUCUGCACUGGGGAACCGCGGACACCGGCACGCUGUACCUCUUCAAGCCCUUCAGCCGCGGCACAGUCAACAUCAACUCGACAGACCCCCUGGCGAACCCCCUCGUCGACUUCCGCGCGGCCACCGACCCGACUGACCUAGACAUGGCCGUGGCUCUUGUACAAAAGGCACGGGAAAUCAUGGACGCGCCGUCGAUGAGGGUGCUGGGGCCGACAGAGGUGGCUCCGUUUGGGCCCAGGGGUGCAGACAGAUGA